UUAGGUACCAAAAUGAAAGUUUUUAAAAUACGUUAUCCAAAAUAAAAAUUAAGUUAAAAUACAUUCUUUUUAAUGCAUUAUUAUCUAAAACUAAGUGGGAACGAGAGGGGAGACAUGCCAUUAUCCUUCCCCUUUUCCAAACAUACCCUCCAUAGAGCUCUUUACUCGAGACUCGAGAGACCCAAAUCAUCAUAUACGCAGUAAGCCAGUAACUCGUUGUUUGCGACUUAAUCACCGGUAGCUUGAUCGCUCGGUUGCAUCAUCAACGCUUCUCUUCUAACCCACGCCUUUUUUCCACUCAUCGAUGCACCAACGCCGUUCUUUGCAUCGCCAUUUGUUGCCUCCGUUGCGCUCUCAUCUGCUGCUUCUCCUCCUCCAUCUCCGUGCAAAUCAGGUUUCUGCCCCUACUUCUCUGUCGCUGCAUCUUGUUAUAUUUAGUUUGUUUGCCUUUCUUGAAGUUUAGACAUCCCUGCUGAUAUGGGCAGUGCCACAUUGACACUAGGGUGGGUUUUUCAUGGGUUCUCCCAUUAGGGUUUUUUGUUCACAAAUCUUUUGAAAAUUGCUUCUUGAUGCUUACGCCCUUUAAGUUCUACAAAGCUUCACAUCUUACACACUCUCACGGCCUUACAUUUGGUUUGUGGCGUAAGAUCAAAAUAAAGAGUGGGAACUAGGGUUUAAAGUUUGUUGUGGGUGUUGGGGGUUUCCAUCAAUUUUGCAGUUGAAUUUUGAUGAUUAAUUCAUUUAAUUGUUGGGUUUGCUGGAAAUUGUCCCAAAGAAUUGUACAUUUAUGUUUGUAUGUAUACUCUAAGGAGAGUUAAUUGACUUAACCAUGCAAAGUUACAAAGGAUUAUGCAUAAUGUCAUCUGGUUCACUAAAUGAUUAAAUAAAUUCAACUGGAAUAGCUAAAUUUUUAAAAACCAAAUGGUAUGCAUAUAUGUGAGUAAUUUUAAUGCUCAUAACUUCCUGCAGCAACUUCUUAAUAUGAUUUUUGUUGCUUCUGUAGUGUAAAGAGAAUCACGGCUUGACCAAACUAUUUAUGGGAAAAUAUGUUUUUGAAUCGUCUACACUCUUCAUAGUUGGAUGGCUUAUGGUUUGUAUAUUGGUUAUCCGUUCGUAAAGACCAUAGAGCAUGAAUUUUUUUUAUACAUUUGUUUUAAUGUAGCAAGCAUCAUCUGUUAUGAAGUCUGGAAUUAUUCACAGUAUUUAUCUUAUUAAUGGAAAUGUUACAUCAGUAAAUCGAUCUUUUUAUAUGUUUAUGAAUGUAGUGAAAUGGGGAGUGACUUGAAGAUAUGGGUUUCAGACAGAUUGAUGUCCCUCUUGGGAUAUUCACAACCCACACUGGUUCAGUAUGUAAUUAGUUUAUCUAAGAAAGCUUCAUCACCUUCUGAUAUACAUAGUAAUCUUAAAGACAUGGGUGUCUCAUCUUCAAAUGAAACACGUGCAUUUGCUGAAGAGAUCUUUCGUAAAGUUGAGCAUAAGAACUCUGGAUCAAAUCCUUAUCGCCAACAAGAAGAGGAGGCAGCAAUGCUAGCCAAGAAGCAGAGGACUUACAAGCUAUUGGAGGCAGACGACGAUGAUGAAAAUGAUGAGCGCAAUGGCUCUAUUUCUGUUGCUCCUCAGUCGAAAAAGGCCGAUAAACGUGCGAAACGUUUCAGGAAGAAGACUGAAAAUCAAGAAGAUGAAGAUAAUGAGGGAGCUGGAAUUUUGAAAGAAGAAAGACGGGUUAAACAAAAAGCUUCUCGCGAGGAAUCAGACGGUUCUGAGUCUGAAGAAGAAAGAUUGCGUGACCAAAUAGAACGAGAGGAGUUGGAACGUCAUCUAAGGGAAAAAGAUGCAGCAAAGACAACAAAGCUUACUGAACAGAAAUUGUCAAAGAGGGAGGAAGAAGAGGCAAUUAGGAGAGCCAAUGCCUUGGAACAAGAUGACAUUGGAGCUCUAAGAAAAGUUUCAAGACAAGAAUAUCUCAAGAAAAGGGAGCAGAAGAAAAUUGAGGAAAUCGGAGAUGAUAUAGAAGAUGAACAGUAUCUGUUCGCGAAUCAGAAAGUAUCUGAAGCUGAACUUCGUGAUCUAAGAAACAAGAAGCAAAUAUAUGAUCUAGUUAAGAAGCGGUCUCAAGAGGAUGAUAACAUUAAUGAGUAUCGGAUGCCUGAUGCUUACGAUAUAGAAGGCGGAGUUAAUCAAGAAAAAAGAUUUUCUGUAGCUAUGGAACGCUACAGAGAUUCAAAAGAUGGAGAUAAGAUGAACCCAUUUGCUGAACAAGAAGCAUGGGAGGACCAUCAGAUUGGAAAAGCAACACUAAAAUUUGGGUCAAAGAACAAAAAGCAAUCUGAAGAUUAUAAUUUUGUGUUUGAGGACCAGAUUGAAUUCAUAAAGGGACAAGUCAUGGGUGGUGAAAAUGUCGAUGAUGAAGCAGAUGAGGAGGAACAGGAAAAAUCUAUGGCAAAAUCAGCACACGAGAAGCUUCUGGCAGACAGAAAAACUUUACCUGUAUAUCCCUAUCGGGAGUCUUUGCUCCAAGCUAUUGAAGAUCAUCAGGUUCUUGUCAUUGUUGGUGAGACUGGUUCAGGAAAGACCACUCAGAUACCCCAAUAUCUCCAUGAAGCUGGAUACACUAAACGUGGAAUGAUAGGGUGUACACAGCCUAGAAGAGUUGCUGCUAUGAGUGUUGCCGCUAGAGUUUCUCAAGAAAUGGGAAUCAAACUGGGGCAUGAGGUUGGCUAUUCUAUACGUUUUGAAGACUGUACUUCUGACAAGACGGUGCUCAAAUAUAUGACUGAUGGUAUGUUGCUACGAGAAUUUCUUGGUGAACCUGAUCUUGCAAGUUACAGUGUGGUGAUGGUGGAUGAGGCUCAUGAAAGGACGUUGUCAACUGAUAUCUUGUUCGGUUUAGUUAAGGAUAUUGCUCGCUUCCGUCCUGACCUCAAGUUGCUUAUCUCCAGCGCCACUCUUGAUGCAGAGAAGUUCAGCGACUACUUUGAUUCUGCUCCAAUUUUUAAAAUUCCAGGAAGGCGAUUUCCUGUUGAAAUAAAUUAUACAAAAGCACCAGAAGCUGAUUACCUGGAUGCAGCCAUUGUCACGGCACUUCAAAUCCAUGUUACUCAACCCCCUGGAGAUGGUGACAUAUUGGUCUUUCUCACUGGCCAGGAGGAAAUUGAAACAGCCGAGGAGAUCCUUAAACACCGAACACGGGGAUUAGGGAGUAAAAUAGCAGAAUUGAUAAUAUGUCCCAUUUAUGCAAAUCUCCCUACUGAGCUUCAGGCAAAAAUAUUUGAACCCACUCCUGAAGGGGCACGCAAGGUGGUCCUUGCCACUAACAUUGCAGAAACAUCAUUGACAAUUGAUGGCAUCAAAUAUGUCAUUGAUCCUGGAUUUGUUAAGAUGAAAUCUUAUAACCCUCGUACAGGGAUGGAAUCAUUAUUGAUCACUCCUAUCUCAAAAGCAUCUGCAAAUCAACGUGCUGGUCGAUCUGGACGAACUGGUCCUGGAAAGUGUUUCAGGUUGUAUACUGCUUACAACUAUUUUAACGACUUAGAUGACAACACUGUCCCAGAAAUCCAACGAACCAACCUUGCAAAUGUCGUGCUCAGUCUCAAGAGUCUUGGGAUCCAUGACCUGUUGAAUUUUGAUUUUAUGGAUCCACCGCCAGCGGAGGCAUUACUUAAAGCCCUGGAGCUACUCUUUGCCUUAAGUGCACUUAAUAAACAUGGUGAAUUGACAAAGGUGGGUAGAAAGAUGGCAGAAUUCCCACUUGAUCCAAUGUUGUCCAAGAUGAUUGUUGCAUCCGACAAGUAUAAAUGCUCAGAUGAGAUCAUUUCGAUUGCUGCCAUGCUCUCCAUUGGAAGUUCGAUAUUUUAUCGUCCAAAGGACAAACAAGUCCAUGCAGACAAUGCUCGCUUGAAUUUUCAUAUGGGUAAUGUUGGGGAUCAUAUAGCACUGCUUAAGGUUUACAGUUCAUGGAAGGAAACAAACUUCUCUACACAGUGGUGCUAUGAGAAUUACAUUCAGGUGAGGAGUAUGAAGCGUGCCCGUGACAUAAGAGAUCAACUGGAGGGGCUACUGGAAAGGGUUGAAAUCGAGUUAGUAUCAAACCCUGGCGAUUUAGAAGCAAUUAAGAAGUCCAUAACCUCAGGAUACUUCCCCCACUCAGCAAGGAUGCAAAAGAAUGGAUCCUACAGGACUGUUAAACAUCCCCAGACUGUUUAUAUUCACCCCAGCUCUGGUUUAGCUCAGGUACUUCCUAGAUGGGUGGUAUACCAUGAGUUGGUGCUGACCACCAAGGAGUACAUGCGACAGGUGAGCGAACUAAAACCAGAGUGGCUGGUGGAAAUAGCACCUCAUUAUUAUCAGCUGAAGGACGUCGAAGAUUUGGCAUCAAAGAAAAUGCCUCGUGGGGAAGGUCGUGCAUCGAAGGAUUGACAAAAAGAUAGGAGGAGAAAUAGGAUAUAUAUAAAUAUAGUUGCUGCCUGUAAAUACAAUUUUGUAAAUGCUGUUGUGCAAGAUGAGAGAGACCUAGGUGAUAUUGUUUCUCUACUAAUCCUGGUGAUAGUUAGGGAUUAAAUAUUAUAUUAUAGUAGAGGAUAAUCACAAGAGUAGAGUUUUUUUAUUUUGUAGACAAUAACUUUGACAUACAAGUUGGGAUUAAUCUCCAUUAUGGAUCAUGGGUGUUUUUUUUGCUAUUGUUGGAUGAAUGUGUAAUGCCAACUAAAUUAAUGGCAACAUCAG